CGCCGCCGCGCUGACCGCGCCGCGCCGCCAUGGCCGGGGCCAUCGCGUCCCGCAUGAGCUUCAGCUCCCUCAAGCGCAAGCAGCCCAAGACCUUCACCGUGCGCAUCGCCACCAUGGACGCCGAGAUGGAGUUCAGCUGCGAGGUGAAGUGGAAAGGGAAGGACCUGUUUGAUCUGGUGUGCAGGACUCUGGGACUGCGGGAAACCUGGUUCUUCGGGCUGCAGUACACCAUCAAGGACACGGUGGCUUGGCUCAAAAUGGACAAGAAGGUUCUGGAUCAUGAUGUCCCCACAGAGGAGCCCAAAACCUUUCACUUCCUGGCUAAAUUUUAUCCUGAGAAUGCAGAGGAGGAAUUGGUCCAGGAAAUCACCCAGCACUUGUUCUUCCUGCAGGUGAAGAAGCAGAUUUUGGAUGAGAAGAUCUUCUGUCCUCCCGAAGCCUCAGUCCUGCUGGCCUCUUACGCUGUCCAAGCCAAGUACGGCGACUACGAUCCCAACGUCCACAAGAGAGGCUUCCUGGCACAGGAGGAAUUGCUUCCCAAGCGGGUAAUAAACCUGUACCAGAUGACUCCAGAGAUGUGGGAGGAAAGGAUAACAGCCUGGUAUGCAGAGCACCGGGGCAGAGCGAGAGAUGAAGCUGAAAUGGAGUAUCUGAAGAUCGCCCAGGACCUGGAGAUGUACGGCGUGAACUACUUCGCCAUCAGGAACAAAAAGGGCACAGAGCUGCUUCUUGGAGUGGAUGCCUUGGGUCUUCACAUUUAUGACCCAGACAACAGGUUGACCCCGAAAAUCUCCUUCCCGUGGAACGAGAUCCGGAAUAUCUCCUACAGUGAUAAAGAGUUUACGAUUAAGCCAUUGGACAAAAAGAUUGAUGUUUUUAAAUUCAAUUCAUCAAAGCUGCGUGUGAAUAAGCUGAUUCUUCAGCUGUGCAUUGGGAACCACGACCUCUUCAUGAGGAGGAGGAAGGCAGACUCGCUGGAGGUGCAGCAGAUGAAAGCACAGGCCAGGGAGGAGAAGGCCAGGAAGCAGAUGGAACGACAGUGCCUGGCACGAGAGAAGCAAAUGAGAGAAGAGGCUGAGAGGACCAGGGAUGAGCUGGAGAGGAGGCUGAUGCAGCUGAAGGAGGAGGCAACGAUGGCCAACGAGGCUCUGAUGAGGUCGGAGGAGACGGCGGAUUUGCUGGCGGAGAAGGCGCAGAUCACGGAGGAGGAGGCCAAGCUCCUGGCUCAGAAGGCGGCCGAGGCCGAGCAGGAGAUGCAGCGCAUCAAGGCCACGGCCAUCCGCACCGAGGAGGAGAAGAGACUGAUGGAGCAGAAGGUGCUGGAGGCAGAGAUGUUGGCACUGAAAAUGGCCGAGGAGUCGGAGAGGAGGGCAAAGGAGGCCGAUCAGCUCAAGCAGGACCUGCAGGAGGCUCGCGAGUCGGAGCGCAGAGCGAAGCAGAAGCUCUUGGAGAUCACCAGCAAGUCUUCCUACACACAGUCCAUGAACUCGAGCACCACAGCACUCCCCACCGACCUGCCGAGCUUCAACCUCAUCAGCGAGAGCCUCUCCUUCGACUUCAAGGACACGGACAUGAAGAGGCUGUCCAUGGAAAUCGAGAAGGAGAAGGUGGAGUACAUGGAGAAGAGUAAACACCUGCAGGAGCAGCUCAACGAGCUGAAGACAGAAAUUGAGGCGCUGAAGCUCAAGGAGAGAGAGACAGCUCUGGAUAUUUUGCACAACGAGAACUCCAGCCGGGGCAACAGCAAGCACAACACUAUUAAAAAGCCUCAAGCCCAGGGCAGAAGACCUAUCUGCAUUUGAGAAUUCCAACUCACCCUACAGAGCACCAAGUCCCGCGUGGCCUUCUUCGAGGAGCUCUGAGAAACACCCGCUCCGCACCGCUGCUGCUUCCCGGCGCGUCCCGCCCAGCCGGAGCCGGGGGCUCCCGGAGGGAUCAGCCCACACCCCGCCGGCUGCUCCGGCCCCCGCACACCCACGGACUCGGGGCCGGCUGCCCACGGAGCUACCUUAGCAGCCCUUCAGUCCUCAUCCCGACACUUUGUUUUCUUGGGAUUUCCAGCUUUCUUUUUUUCCUUAUUUUUCUAGCAUUGCUUCCAGGCUCGGCCCUCCAGGCUUUUCCCUGGAGCCGGGGUCGGGGUGCGGCCGUGCCUUCCCACCCUGGCAGCCAGCAGAGGAGUGAGCCCGUGCCCGAGGGUCUCCCUGGCAGGGCUUGUCGCCCCUCUGGAUUGCCUUCUCCUGUGUGCCAGCCCGGAGCCCCCGCUCGGCGGUGCCGGGAGCUCCAUUAGGAUCCCGAGCAUGUUCCAGUGGAGUGCUGUAAAUCAGGAGCGUCGCGCUGGCUCUCCCGGCGCCCGCUGGGGUGGGAGAGGAGCAGCGAGCGGGAGGACAGGGACCCGAGGCUGGGGGGGAUCCUGGGCUGCUUCCCUGGGGAGAGGAAGUGGGAGGAAGGGCUCCUCCUCCUCCUCUUCCUCCCUGCUGGGAACAGGGAGCGGGAGAACAGCUAGUGCCAACCAAAUGAAACCUUACUGUUCCUGCAAACUGUGACAAACCUGGGCAGCUUCAGGCUGGGGGGAUCCAGGGGCUCCGGGCUGGGCUUCCCCUGGAUCCCAGGGCAUCGCGGCCCCUCCGAGCCCCCCGGGAAUGCCGCUCUCCCGGGCUGGGCCCGGGGCUGCCUGCUCCUGCCUGUCCCAUCGCGGGUGCCUUUGCUGUGACCCCCCCCGCCGGGGGAACAGGGAUGCCCUGACCUUCCCUUCCUUGUCUCCGUCCCAAAUCCUGUGCCCCGCUCGGAUGGAAUCCUCUUCCAGCUGCGUUUACCCUCCAGCAGAGCCGGUGCUGCCCCGAGGAUCCCUCCCAUCCCCUCGGGACCCCCGAUCCCUCCUUCCCACAACCUCACCUCACCCACAGCCUCACCGGGGGCUCAGCCCGGGGCUUGGCGUGGAGUAAAUCCCAUCCCAACCCCGUUUAUUUAAACCCUGGGAUCGAUUCCCCGCACGUGGCUGCAGUUCGGAUGGCUGUGGCCUGGCACAGCCGCUUUCCCAUUCCCUGGACUGUUGUACUCCGAAGGAAUAACUGUUUUCUCUUGUUUUAAUAAAAAUUCACAGCACUAGGAUGGGA